CGCACACUCACUGCUGCUGGGGGCACGGCGGACACACACACACUCUGCUGGAAGAGCUGUCUGUGUGAGGGGAGAAUGUCAGGGACCAGUCAGCCACAGGACCUGGAGCUCAUUAAAGAACUAGAGCUCAUCUUGGAUUCCUGCACACUGGAGCUCACACCAGUGGAUGAAGUCUGGCCCAACCUGUACAUAGGAAAUGUUGCGGUGGCACAGAAUAGAAAGACAUUAAAUAAGCUCGGCAUCACUCAUGUCCUGAACGCAGCACACUCCAAGCAGGGCAGCAUCGGUGACCAGAGUUUUUAUGGGGACUCCUGUGUUUACUUUGGCAUCCCAGCAGAGGAUUCAGACCGCUUUGACCUCAGUGAGAACUUCAAACCUGCAGCUGCCUUCAUACAUAAAGCCCUGAAGAGCAAAGAUGGAAAAGUGCUGGUGCAUUGCAUCAUGGGAAUGAGUCGAUCAGCCACAUUGGUCCUGGCUUACUUAAUGUUGCGGCAGCGUUUCAUUCUGAGAGAUGCUCUGAAACACAUCGUCCAAAAGCGACCCAUUUAUCCAAACAAGAGCUUUCUGUCCUUGCUCCUCAAACUGGAUCAACAGCUGACAUUCAAACGGAGGUUGUGUCCUCUUUUAUGACACCUCUCCCUCUCUUUCUUCUCCUCCCUCAUCACAUUAGACCUCUAUUCCCAUGAGUUACACUCCACUUUAAUCUGUACGGAAAAUAUCUGUAAAUAAUACUUAUUUUUACUUUUAAAGUUACUUUUCAUGCACAGGUUUAACUUCUGGCUACAGCAGCAAUGAUCAUGUGUUGUAAAAAGUGUAUUUAUUCUCUUUGUAUUAUUUUCAUAUUCAAACUGUAUUCAAAUGUUCCCUGUCAGAGUUGUCCUGCAUGUACACAAGCUUUGUAAAUAUAGCUUUAUGACUCAGUGUGAAUAUGAAUUAAAGACAUUUUGUGUUAUUUAAUUGAAAUAUUCUGGCUGGUUUUAAUAUGGAAAAAGUGCCUUGAAGAAUUAAUGUGCAGUUAACUUCAUGUUAAUGUCACUGUUGUAGUUUAUAUUCAUCUUAAAGAGUAAAGACACUGCUAUACCUGAACUUAUAUAUCCUUAGGUUAUGUAAACCAAAUGCCAAAAUGCAAUAAGCAUAACCUACUUUUCCUUAUUUAUGGUAAAUAAUUCUGCAUGAUGUAAACACAAAUGCAGCUGAAGUAAAUACGUCACUGGAGAUUGUUAUUCACAGCAUGGAUCAUAUUUCUUAAAGGAGCAGAGCAGCUGGCGUUACUCCGCAACAUAGAGACACAUACAGCACCGGUAUGUGUUACAUAACAGUCUGCAGUAAUGGAAACUGAGCCAGUGAGCUAAUGUCAAAGUUCACAGGAUAGUGCCACAUUGUUGACCAUAAGAAUCAGACAUGAAUCAAAAUGCUUUAGAUGUGGUUUUUAUUUGGGAGUUGAACUGCUGAUAGAUGCGGGAUGUUAUGCCACCAAUGAGUGUAUGAUUACAGAGUUAUAAAAGGAAGCAGUCAUGUGUGAGUGUUUAUUGAGAAAUAAGAACAAGCUAGGAAAAGAGUUUGCCCUGCCCCGAAGGUAGGUGAGUUCACAUAGGAUGACUCAGACUGAAAACAGGUUAGUUUGGGGAUUGUUAGGCUUGUCUGUACAGAAUGUAUGGCUUUUAAACUACAGAUAAUUAUAUUCAUUAUGGUUUGUAAGAAAGGUUCAUUGUGAGAAGAAUAUUGCUAUGAAACACAGCAGUGACAAGGGAACUUUGUAUAAUUAAACACAGUGACAUCUUG